CACUCCUAUGUCUCCUUUUUCUUAGAUUCUCUCGAAUCUAACAACAUUGUGCACUGAAACUUAAAUAAGUAGAUGGUGGAGAUGGUACAAACUGAAAAUUCAGCCAAACCCUAGGAAAAUUGGUGGAAGAUGGGGAAGGAAGCGGAAUACUUCUCCAAGGAUUUUGAGUGGGAGAAACUGAAAGAGGAGGUGGAGUCCAAUCCCUCUCUUUCCUACCAUUUCCAAACAUUUGAUUCCAACUCCCCUUCUCUACCCUCUCCUUCCCAAGACUCACAAGCAUGGAAUCAAUUUCACAUUCGUCAUUCCACUGGCAGAUUCUUCAAGGAGAGACGAUACUUAUUGAAGGAAUUUCCAGAACUACUUUCUUGUGAUGAAUAUUCCAUUGUUUUGGAGGUAGGAUGUGGUAAUGGCAGCACUGCUCUUCCAAUAUUACGUGGCAGAGACAAUAUUAUUAUAUAUGCAUGUGAUUGUAGCAAUGAGGCUCUUGAGAGGGCUAAUGAGAUGAUACAUGCCAGCAAUGUGGGCUCAGUUACAGAUCGAUUCCAUCCAUUUCGUUGUGAUUUUUCUAUAAAUGGGUUUCCGAAGUGGUUGGCCUGUGAUUCUUGCCAAGGAAAUUUUCUGCAAAAGCCGCAUGAUCAGAUCUCAGAUGUUAAAGAAAAAAAAGAGACAAAUUUAAAUGAUUUAUCUUCAUUGGGAGAAAGUAAAUGUUGCAUUGGUGGAGUUGAUUUUGUUACUUUGAUAUUCACGCUAUCAGCUGUACCACUCCACAGGAUGCCAACAGCUAUAAGAGAGUGCUUCUCUGUUUUAAAGCCUGGUGGCCUGCUCUUGUUCAGGGAUUAUGGCCUAUAUGACAUGACUAUGCUUCGAUUUGAGCCAGAAAAAAGAGUGGGUUUCAGGGAGUACAUGCGCUCUGACGGAACUCGUUCUUAUUUCUUCUGUAUGGAUACUGUUAGAGAUCUCUUCACAGGUUCAGGCUUCACCGAGCUUGAGCUUGAAUAUUGCUGUGUCAAAUCAACAAAUCGCCGAAAUGGGAAGAGCAUGCAUAGAGUGUGGGUUCAUGGGAAAUUUCAGAAACCCUUUUGAUGUCAUUCUUCACAAUUUUCUCCAUUUAGUGAUUAAGUUUGUUUCCCAGCACUCGAAAUUCAGGAAAGUGCAUUUGUUAUCCUGGUCCCGUCCUGGCUGUGUAUUGAACCUGUGGUUUGGAAGUGAUUCAAUAAAGUGUUUCUAGCAUUUUUAACACUUGAAUGAUAAAAUUUUUCAAGUAUUAGAAAUAUUAAAAGCAUUUCUUAAAAUCACUACCAAACGGGCUCGAAAUCUUCUUGAUCCACAUCAUCUUCAAGAUGCAUAAUCAGGAAACCCCGUCUGUUGCCUCCCCUUGAGAAGCUCUGAACAGAAACGAGUAACCGAACUAUGAGAGGCCUGUUAAAGCAUCUGUCAGAUGACUGUCAUUGUCAUUAGUUAUAUUUUUGGAGCCACAAGCAAAGAUUACAAAACUGGUUCUUCAUGGUAAGCAGAGUCUGCAAACAGUUUGAACCGUGAGCUCGGGUCCCGUAGGGCUAAAAGCAUCUUCUGGAGAAAUAAGCAGAUGAUGGAUUUGUGUUUGAUAAAGAACCCAGAAACGUAUAGGAAUAUAUAGUUGCUCUGUUUCUUAUUUUGUUUUUACAGGUUCAGACCAGUAGUUCUAUUCCUAUUCCUAAUUUAUGUAAUGACAUUAAGGUAGAUCAUGUCAUUUUUGUCUGAAUACUGAAAAUAAUGAAUCAAAUGGGAAAAAUAUUCAAAGUAAUAGCACUUAACUUAAAGUCCAA